AUGGCAACUGACUGUGAAGUCGACAAGCACGAUUCUCCUCUAACUUACUUAGGACUGGAGAUCAUCGAUCAGGCUCCACUGCCAGUCAGCUACAAAUCGAGCUAUUGCUGGUCAACUCUGAAAACCUCAGAAUGGGGCGCUCAUGUAUCUUUGGGUAAGACCGCCACGCGAGCUCUUCCUUACCCACAGCAUCACGCCACACUAGCAGAUGUCGAUACAGCCAUCUUCUCCAUCUCCCAAAAUUCACUAUUCGAUGUCAACUCCUAUGCUCGGAGCGCUAUUGCUACGAGCAGCAUUGCAUCUGGUCUCGAUCGACCUCAAUCUCAGAUGCCAUGUUUCGGUAACUCCAACGGCGCUUUUGACUUGGAUAUCUAUCUUAACUCUGGACGGAAAGAGCACGGGCCAGGCAGGUCGAGGAACGAAGAGCUGGCAGCGGGAAGUGUCAUGGCUCCAGCUAAAUCGCUCGGCAAGGUCGCUGCGGGAGCGAAUUUUGCCGGCAAGCUGAAGGUCGAAAUCAUUGAGCAGAAAAAAAUUGAAGAAAAUGGUGAGGGUGGUUUCUAUUCUACAUUCUACAGGCAAGAAUUGUUGUUGUGCUGGACUACAAAGCAGCUUCCUGAUGUUCAUUCUCUUACUUCUUCUUCUCCCUCUCAGCACAUGUCCCAGGUCUCAGGCUGCAAGUUCAUCUCUGCCCCCUCCCUCAUAUUCUUUCCUGGCCUUGUGGCUUUUGACACCUGGCCAGAAGUGGUUGUGGGCGGAUGGGAGUCAGAGCAGGUUGAAACGGAUCUCAUUGCAUUGGCCCUCCUUCAUGCAGGGCAACUGGAUUGA